AUGCUUUGCUUUCUCCGCGGCUGGACACCACGUCACUUGACCAUCCCAGCAACAUGGAACACGCCGAACAGCAAUGAGACAUACUUUAUCGUAUCGCUUCUCCGCGACUCGGAAAAGAUCUUACCACAAUACACACAGUCGAUUUUGUCAUUCGCGCAGGAUGUGGGACCGCAGAAUGUAUUUGUAUCCAUCUUUGAGAAUGAUUCCCGCGACAGAACACCCAUCAUGCUGAAAGAUUUUCGCAGCAAGCUCUUGAGCCGCGGUAUCCCGCAUCACAUUAACAGCACCCAGCUACCAUCUUCGAUUCGUUCGUACGAACGGAUCCGUCGUCUUUCCACAUUGCGGAAUUUUGCCAUGCGGCCGAUGUAUGAAGAAAUGCGCAAUGGGCUUCAGAAACGCCCUUUUACCAAGGUUGUAUGGAUCAACGAUGUUUUUUUCAAUAAAAACAUGCUUCACCACCUUCUGCAUACAGCCAAUGGCACAUACGACCAAGUAUGUGCGCUCGACUACUUUUGGCUGGGCUUCUACGAUACAUGGGUCAUGCGUGAUCGCUAUGGUAUGACAGUUCGCCCCUUAUGGCCAUAUUUUCGCCGAGGGCACGACAGAAGUGGUAUUAAUGCGCUGGAGCCUGUGCCUGUGAAUUCAUGCUGGAAUGGAAUGACAGUGUUCGAUGCGCGCUGGUUCCUUCCAGCAUCUGCCCCUCGCACUUCGAUACCCAAUGCACAGCAUCCUACAAGUCCAGUCAUUGUGUCCGUUCCACCGGCCCCGCUUGUUCGUGAUGACGGCAUCGAUACGCCUGCGAAGCUUCCUCUUGAAUUCCGCACUUGUCGCUCCUGUAAUGUAUCUGAGGCUCUGCUGACAAGUCUCGAUAUGCACCGCAUUGCAGCACCUCGCCGACCGCGCAUCUAUGUGAAUCCAGCUGUGAAAGUUGCAUACGAUUAUCCCAGCUACUACUUGUACAACUACUUGCUCCGCUGGUACGUAGUCCAGCCGUGGCGAUAUGUGUGGGAGACAUGGAUUGAGCGUCGGCUCUUUAGUUGGCUUGCAGACCUUGGGAACCGCCACGAUUCAUGCGCAUCCCUUCUCAACCAAAUGUGGACCAAUGAGCCUGUUAUGACAUAG